UAAAUAUAUUUUGUGUGUGAUUUUAAUGCUUAACAAAUUGGAUUGACCAGAAAACAAGAAAACGGUGCAUUUGAAGCGUUCCAUUGAACCAGUGUGCCACAAUGUGCAAUAAUUGCAAGUGUCGCACAGCGAGCGAUUUGUAUGUAUGUAAUUUGUAGCUGUUGUUGCGAUUUGCUGCUGCUGCUGUUAAAAGUGGUGGAAAAUGUGUGCAACAAAAAACAUGCAGUUUGCUACUCAACACUAUGCACAAUAUUAACAAAUCGGCUGCAACACAGCGUAAUUGUUGCGCCAACAACAACAACAACAAAGAGAGCAAUAAGCGCCUAGAAGCAGUAUAAACAAAACUGAAGAGAGAGCGCCAGAAAGAGAGAGAGAGAGAACGAGCACAAAACUUUAAACGGGACUUUGUAACGGGACUUUGCUCGAUCCUUCCUUGUUUUUUUUUUUUUUUUUUGUGCAAAAUGUCACGGUGGGGCAAGAACAUAGUUGUGCCCCUGGACUCACUGUGCAAGGAGAAGGAGAACACAAAUCGUCCCACUGUCGCCCGUUCCGUUGGCACUGUCGGCAAAUGGGGCAAAAUGGGCUUUACUUCGACACGCACCUACACACUGGCUGCACUGCAUCCUGCUGCGGCCGCUAGUCCCGCCCAGAGUCCGGCCUCGUCGCACGAUCAUGAUCCAAAUGAUAUGUCCAUAUCGGUGCCGGAGCCACCGAAACCCAAAAAAUUCUUCAAAUCCCGCAAUGCGGCACCGCCCGAAGUCAUCGCCCAGAUCAUACAACAGUUGCCACAUUGUGGUGCCGCUGGCAAUUCACCAAUGCGAGAUCCGAUGGCAAGCACCCAUACCCACCAUCAGCAGCAACAUCAGCUUCACCAUGAGCCGCUCAAGCUGAAGUUGAGCAAGGCGAGUAGCUCCGCUGAGCGGAAGCGCAAAUCCCCCAAAAAGAAGGCAACAACAACAACUGCAAUUUUAACGCCCGGUGCGUUAAGUGACAGCAUGUCCAUGGAUUUGGCAGAUCACAUGCUCGACCUGGCAGCUGCAUCACCCACCACCACCACCAGCAACACAAACACAACAACUCCAAACACACCCAGCAGUGGCAACACGCAGAAGAAGAAAAAAUUCAAGGAGGAGAAGAAAUUAAAGCCGGAGGCGCCGCCGUCAAGGAUAUUGGGACGUGCUCGGAAACAGGUCAACUAUUGUGAGGUCGAUGAGGAUGAGCGUUAUCCAACGCCCGUUAAGGACCUCAUUAUGCCCAAGACGCGUCCGGCGGAGACGGCAACAAAUGCACAAGAUGCUGCAGUGGGUGGAGGAGUGGGAAGAGGACCAGCAGGAGGUGUGGCAAGAGGAGGAGGAACAGCAGCAGGAUUAGCUGCCGCAGCAGAUUCAAGUCCAGCGCUUCCACCACCAGCAACAGCGCCCAGCGCUUCAUCAUUAGCAACUCCAGCAACAGCUGCUCCAACUGGUCCAGUUCCAGCUGCAUCUACAGCUCCAGCAACAGCAACAGUGCCAUCCACUUCCGCCUGCUCCUCAAGCGCUUCCCGUACACCCGAACAUCCGCCAAUUGUUUUACGCAUUUCCAAAGGCACAUCGCGCUUAGUCAGCACGGAUAGCGAAGAGCCGCCAAAUAAUUCGCCGACACAUUUCCAAACGCCCAACGAUGAGAAUAAUGAACGAGUUCCUUUCGAAGCUGCGGCAGCAGCAGCAGCAGCAAUAAACACGCCAACAACAGCAACAACAACUACAGCAGCGACAGCAACAACAACAUCAGCAGUAGCAACAACAACAACAACAACGCCAAAAAUAACUGUAAAACCACUAAGGCCGCCAACUGCAGCAGAAGCAGAAGCAAGGCAAGCAGACGCUGACGAAGAGGAAGAAGAGGAGGAGGAAGAAGAAGAAGAGGAGGAUGAGGAUGAGGAGGAACCGCCCGAAAUCAAUUAUUGCACAGUGAAAAUCUCACCAGACAAGCCGCCCAAGGAGCGCCUAAAACUGAUCAUCAAAACGGACGUGAUUCGCAACGCGAUUGCCAAAGCAGCCGCUGCAGCAGCAGCCAAAGCAGCUGGCGAGGAUUCGCGGAGCGAAAAGAAAUCCAAAAGCAAAAAGCACAAGCAUCUCAAACACGCAGCCGCAGCAGCAGCAGCAGCGGCAGCGGCAGCAUCAUCAGCAGCAGCUGGCGUGGGCGCGGCAGCAGCUGCUGAGCUGGCCAACUCGGAGUUUAAAACACCAUCGCCACACCUGGCGCUCAACGAGCAACAACAGCAGCAAUCGCAGCCCACAACACGCUCCGCACUUAUUUCGCCGCCCGAACACGAUUUCGAUUCGCAAUCCUCGGUGCUGGGCAGCAACUCAUCCAAGGGGAAUAGUACGCCACAGCUGCUCGCCCAGUCGGUGCAGGACGAUAGCUGUGUGAUACGCAGCCGUGGCUCGAGUGUCAUCACCAGCGAUCUGGAGACAAGUCAACAUUCAUCGCUGGUGGCGCCACCCUCAGACAUUGAGUCGCGACUGGAGUCCAUGAUGAACAUGGACUGUGGUGGGGGUUCGGCGGCAGCGGCAGCAACUGUUGCUGGCGAAGCGGAGGCGGCUCGGCCACUGCAACAGGCCGACAUAUUGGCUGUGCUGCGUGGUGAGGUGCUCAUGCCACGCCUCAAUGGGGAGCAGGAGACCCAGCAGCAGCCGCAGCUGGGUGGAGCGGGUGGCAGCAAUAAGCGGACCACACGUGGACGCGCCCGCAAGGCGAACAACAAUGCGGAGAUUGUGACGCCGGCGGCAACGGAGACGCGCACACGGAUGCGCAACAAGCUGCAGCUGGAGGAGGCAACGCAGCAGAGCACAAAGCGUGCAACACGCGCGCGUGCCACAACCACUACAACCACAACAACAACCACCACCACCAACAACAACAACAACAGCAGCAGCAGUAGCAAUAAGCGAACAGAGAUUGCAACUGCAGCAGCAGCAAGUGCAUCAACGGAUGCAGUGGAUGCAACAGCUGCAGAGGCGCCUCCACCUGCUGUUGUUCCAUCUGCUGCCGCUCCUGCUCCUGCUGCUAGUGCUCCUAUAGCUGCUACACGACGUGGUCGCGGUCGCACUGCUGCCAGCAACAACAACAAUUUGCCCAGCAGCAACAACAACAACAGCAGCAACAGCAACAACAACAAUGUGCACAACAAUAUCAAUAAAAUUGCCGCAAGUCUGUCGGCCAAAGCGGAGGCGAGUCGUGCCACAACGGACAAUGGGGCCGGUGGCGCCGCAACGCGUAGCUAUGGACGGAAACGCAAAAAUCAGCAGGUGACGCAGGUGUUGCAAGUAUUCCAAGUGCAACAACAACAGCAGCCUGCCUCGGUAACAAUGACAGCAACCGCGGAACAGAUGCCACUCGAUACGGAUGCGGCACAGCUGAAGCUGAAGCAGCAACAUCUCGCCGAGCAGCUGAGGAAACAGGAUGAGGCACAACCAACGCCCGCCAAGCAAAUGCACACAGAUCUCGAUUUGGCGUUGGAUUUGGAACUUGAUCUGGACAUGGGACCGGAAUACGAGUCGUUGCACGAAACGACGCUGCACGGCACGGAGCAGGAACCACAGACGCAGACGGAACCGGAGCAUGAAAUGGAACCGGAACCGGGCAUGGAUGAGUUGUCGAAUACAUCAAAUAGCUCGUCCAUGAUGCAACACGAUGGCUCCUCAUCGUCGCCGCCGUUGCGUGACUACAAGUUCAAGGAUAAAUUCAAGCGAACAAUUACGCUGGACAACCAAGUGCCAGGUGGAGCCGCAGCAGCAGCAGCGGCGGCAGCUGGAGCAGCGGGUGGAGAAGCAGCGGCUGCUGCAACCGGGGGAGCAGCAGCAACAGCAGCGGGUGGUGCUGGUGUAGCAGCGGCUGGAGCAGCUAGAGCAGCGAGUGGAGCUGGAGCUGGAGGAGCAGCGACAAGUAGUGCAGACAACCUAGAGGCAUCCAUCAGCACUGGAAGCAGCAGCACCACCACACAGCCACCAAAUCUCGAGGAGACGCAACGUGGCGCUGUCAAGCUGGUCAUAUCGAAGAAGAAGGGCUCAAUCUUCAAGAGUCGCGCCCUGGUGCCCUCCGAUCAGGCGGAGCAGGCGACGGUUUCCAAACGGCAUCUGUACAAGCACAGCUGGGACGCUGCCCUCGAGGCGAACGGUGGCGGCAAUGGCAGCGAUGCCAGCAGCAACGCCUCCGCAACAACAACAGCUGGCGGUGGCGGCGGCGGUGGCGGCAGCAGCGGAUGCGGUGGUGUCGCUGCGGGCGAUAAUCUGGCCGCGAGCAAAGCGGCCGCCAUCGAUGCCAUCUAUGGGGACUUUGGUGACUCCAAUUCCAAUAACAAUACCAGCAGCAGUUCAGCGCUGCGUGGCGAAAGUCCAGCGUUGGGCAAACUGAGUGCUGGUCGCCCCACCAAAUCGCAGCAAUCGACGACGGCUGCCUCUGGCAGCGAUGCCUUCGAUCUGGACCUGGAGCCGAGUGCGGAUGAGGGCAUGAACCUGGGUAACAUGGGUGCGAUGACGACGGCGACGACGACGACAUCAUCAUCAUCGGCAAUGGCCGGUUUGCGUGUGGAACGCAAGACCAAGGAAUACUAUACGGUGGUGCGGAACGUGAAGACGGCACAUCAGAUCCAGGAGAUUGGCGAAUACCAGGAGAUGUACGACGAUGUCGAGUAUAUACUCGAUGCACUGCAGCCGCACAAUCCGCCGCCGACACGUUGCCUCUCCGCCCUCCAGCUGGCCACCAAGUGCAUGACGCCAGCGUUUCGAAUGCAUGUGCGUGCCCAUGGUGUCGUCACCAAGUUCUUCAAGGCGCUCUCCGAUGCCAAUCGGGAUUUGAGUCUGGGUCUGUGCACCUCGGCGAUUAUGUACAUCUUGUCGCAGGAGGGUCUCAACAUGGAUCUGGAUCGGGACUCGCUCGAACUGAUGAUCAAUCUGCUGGAGGCGGAGGGUGUGGGCGUGGGCGUUGCCGCAUCGCCCACAGAUCGUGCCAACUAUGAGCGGAACAAGCAGAAGGUGCGCGAACUGUGCGAGGAGAUCAAGGCCCAGGGCAAGGGCACCCAUCUAAAUGUGGAAUCGAUAACGGUGGGCACCCUGGCCAUGGAGACGCUGCUUUCGCUCACCUCGAAGCGGGCGGGUGAAUGGUUCAAGGAGGAUCUGCGAAAACUGGGCGGACUGGAGCAUAUCAUCAAAACGAUAUCGGAUUUCUGUCAGCCGGUGAUUGCCACAGCUGCCACAGACAUGUCGCUAGUUGUGUGGCAACCGACACUGCUCGACAACAUGCAGACGGUGGCACGUUGCUUGCGCGUCCUCGAGAAUGUCACCCAGCACAACGAGGCGAAUCAACGGUAUAUGCUCACCUAUGCCAAGGGACGGGCCGUCGACACACUGUGCUUCCUCUAUCGGCUCUGCGAUCGCCAGCUGCUGCUGCAUCCGUGCAGCACCAGCGAACAGAACAGCAGCAAGGAGCAUCCGGGCGUUGCAAUGCGUGAACUGCUCAUACCAGUGAUGAAGGUGCUCAUCAAUUUGACGCACACGUUCAACGAGGCACAGCCAUCGCUGGGCGCCGAGCUGCUUGGCAAGCGCAGCGAUGUCAUCGAGACCAGUUUCCAUCUGUUGCUGCUCGCGUCCAACUACAUUCCGGACCGUUGUGUCUUCGAGCUGAGCAUUCUGGUGCUGACGCUGCUGAUCAAUCUGUGCAUGCACACGCCACCGAAUCGUGCCACAUUGAUGCAGGCACAUGCGCCCGCCGAAUACGUUGCCGACAAUCCCCCGCCCGGGGAUCAGGCAGUGAGCGCCAUGCAGGCACUGUUCGAAUACUUUUACAAGUGCGAGGAGCUGGCCAGACUUGUGGAGAAGAAUACGGAUGCGUUCCUCGAGAACAAUGAGAAGGGCAAAAAGAAGCAGGAAGAGGUCGAGGAGACAGUCAACAAUCUUGUGCAACGCGCCAGCCAUCACAUGGAGCACACGCUGAAGGGCAGCUAUGCGGCAAUAUUGAUUGGCAACCUGAUCACCGAUAAUGAGCAGUAUGAGAAGAUUGUGCGUCGCCAGCUUCGAGGCAAUAGUUUUAAGGAGAUCGUCGGUGUGCUGGAGAAAUAUCACACAUUCAUGAAUCUGACUUCGAGUUUGGAGGCUGCAUUUGUGGCACACAUGAAAUCGACCAAGAAGAUAAUUGACAACUUCAAGAAGCGCGACUAUAUCUACGAGCAUGCCGAUGAGGAUCAUGCGAUGGCGAUGCCACUCAAUCUGGAAACGACAGCGCAUCAUCAUCAUCAUCAGCAGCAACAGCAACACCAGCAGCAGCAACAGCAGCAUCAUCAUCAUCAUCAUUAUCAUAAUGAGACAAGUGAUGUGUCGAUGCAAACACAGGAUGCCGGUUGCAGCAGCACCACAAGCAGCAGCAGCAGCAGUGCAACAAUCACAAACACAAACAACAACAUCAGCAGUGGCAGCAGCGGUAGCAUGCCCCGUGUCUUCAAGACCUACAGCAGUCAUAGAUAAUUAAUGUCAGAUGAUGAGCUAAUUAACUAUAUAGUAGAAUAUAUGUCGCCGCCAAUCCCUGAAAGCCUGCCACCAAAUUAAUAAUUCUUAAUGUUUGUUGUAAUUGGAAGUGGACGACGGACGACGGACGAACUUGCUGUCGUCGUUGUGUUUAAUUAUUUAUUUCCUAUUCUGAAUGUGAAUGUGUUUCGUAAUAAUGCAUAGAGAGCCAAACACACACACAACACACACACACACAAAAUGUGCUCCUUUGCUCGGCUUUUGUAUUUGUUUCAUAUUUUUUUUGUAGCUUAGCUUAGCAAUAUUAUAUAUUGUCUUGUAUUUAAAAAAAAAACACACACAAAAACAAAAGUGAUAACAAAUUUUCAUGAGCAUGGUCAGCGUUUUAACUACAAUCACACACACACACACACCUAAACACACACAGAGACAAGAAAAAGUAAAAGAAAAUAAUAAGAAAAACACUCAAAGAUCCAAAUUUCUACUGAUAAAUGUGUACGUUAUAUAGUCAUAAGCAAUAUUAGCAACUAUUAUUAUUAUAUAUAUGUAUACCUUCUCACACACACACACAGACUCACACACACACUCACUCACACACACAAACGCACACACACGCAACACACACACACAACUAAUAAUCGAUUGUACAUAUUGUUUAUCCGACGAUUUUAUCCAGCGCUACCUAGGUUUUAUUUAAAUGUUUCUACUCUACAUAUGUAUAAUUAAUUAUUAACUUUUUUUUUUCCUAAUUGUAUGUUCUAUAUAAGCACACACACACACACACAGACAGACACACACAUAUACAUGUAUAAAGUAAAAGAUUAAAUGUAUUGCAGACAAAAAAAAAAGAAAAAAAUAUAUAGUUAUUUUAUUGCGUAUAGCGUUUAAGUGAAAAGAACUCUAUCCAUGCAUCUAUACAUAU